AUGCCUUGCCCUUUGAGCACAGUCGCUUUCAAGCGACGCCUUUCCCACCCGUUCACCGCGAGCAAGGCUCUGCUUAUCUUUUCGAACCGCUCUACGCGCCCAUCGCCCACCCGCAGACCUCCAUGUAGACCAGGCAAGACCCAGGACCAUGGCAUACAUACCAGCAAGCUGCAGGUGGUCUUUGUUCGGAGGACAGGUCCGAAUCGAUGCCCAGCCGGCCUUCAUAAUUACUACUUCGAGCUCGAGUCCGGACCGAUCUCAAGGUUGAUCGACUAUUGUACGACGAUACAUGUUUCGAAAGAAGCAUUUAUAUGCGGAGUUUUACAACGAGCCCCUGGCGAGUCUGGUAUCAUGGGAUGGCUUCUCCGUACAGGAAAUCAGAACCAGGCGCCUGUGGUUGUGUCCGAACCGGAAGCUCUUCGGUCAAACCCCUCUGGAAUUCUAUUGAACGGGAAUAAGCAAGAAAACCUCGCUCAUCACUCCUGUUACGAUAUACGUGAAAUCUCUAUCAAAACCGUUCUUUCCCCGCCCAGGAUGCACAGCAUGCCAGUGGCUACGUAUCGCCCCAACGAAAUCAAGCCAGGUCUCACCAACAAAAAUGCUUCUUUGGGCAAUUACUUCUCCGGGUGGCAACAUAUUCAAGGUAUUCUUCAAUCUGAAUACAAGCGACGGGUUGCCCCUGGCUUUCAUGGGAGCGGAACCUUAUUAGCUGUGGAUCAACCCACGUCACGGCAGACAAUAUGCACUAGCUAUGGCCUGUGGUACCAGUAUAGCAGCGAUCACAACUUUGUGUUGGGCCUGCCAGGUUAUAUGCAUCUCACAUGGCUAUCGAAGCCCGUCGAGCUCCGUGCGAUGCCGCGUGCCAUAGUGACUCGGAUGCUCGGCCUUCAGCUAUCACAUGAAAGUCCGAUCCUUGCCUUUAAUUGGGUGACGUAUCGAAACCAUCGACUUUCAUCAUUGCUGCAUUUAUUAUUCUAUAGUACACUUUUUGUCCAUGCCAAUCGUAAAAACACCUCUGCCAUGCCCGUCUGCGUUGUAUCAAGAUCCCAUUAUACUCCUUACACUUAGAAAGGUCGUGGAGAAGGCGUAUCAUCGUAGAAUGUCCUCAUGCCACCUGGCUGCCUGUGUGAUCUCGUCUUGCUUCCUGUCCCUGUCCAAUCAGGCGACCGCCGUCUUCUCGAGUCCACUGACAUCAAAGGUAAAUUGACAUCUGUAUUGGACGAUGGCCUAUUCUUUGGAGGAAUGCCCGAUGAAACUUGGCUCACAAUGUGGGGCAAUGGACGAGAAAUACCCUUGUCCCGAACGCUCUCUUGUCGAACAAUCUGCGGUUCCUUUCGCGGCCUAUUGCUUCGGCUCAUCUUUGUCUUUGCCUUUUGACUCUUUUGUCGCACAAUCUCGCGGACACUUGGCUUAGGUGACUUCGGAGGAACAGGAGGAGGAAUCUUCGGUGGUAGAGGCACUGAAGCUCGCGGUGGUGGGGAGGGAGAGAGGUGCGCUCGCUCCUCGACAGUCUCGCGGUGGACACCCAGCUUGCUCAUGACCCUCGAAUUCUUGAUGACCGGCGCGAUGCUCCAUGCACUGAAGUGGCUACGUGCGCUUCGAGCGCUCCUUUGGCUCUGCGAUUCUAGAUCGGGAAG